AUGACAAGUUAUGCCCAAUUUGAAGAUAAUAUAAAGUGCAAUUUGCUUGUACGGCAAUUGUAUAGUCUUGAAUUUGAGAUGGAAUCAAUUGAUCAAGUGCUACUUGAUAAAGAAGAGGGACAAGAGUAUGAAUCUGAAUAUUAUAAAGAAGAAGAAGAAGAAGAAGAUGAUGAUGAUGCUGAUAAAAGUUGGGUGGAACUCAUUGACGGUAAAAUAGAAAAAAAGGAGGAGGAAGAAGAAGAAGAAGAAGAAGAAGAAGAUGUUGCAGUUUAUCAAGUUGAUUUUAAUUCAUAUUUGCAUCCAAAUUCAACACUAACUCUAUUACAAUUUCAUGGGAAUGAUAAUGAUUACUUUACAUCAUUAAUUACUGAACCAAGAUUUAGAAUAUCACAAUCAGUUUCCGAAAAGAUUAGGAAUCGAAAUUUAUCAUUAUUACGAGUUAAUACAAUUUAA